CUCUCAGUUCCCCAUCUCUCCAUUCCGACUUUCCCUUUCCCCUGUUUCUUCCCACAUAUUUUAUCAGGUUGACUUUGAACCCAAGUCUCUUUCUACGCUUAUAAUUUUCACAUAAUCCUGCCACUAUGUCCACCUUGGAAGAUCUUGACGACCUUGAGCGUGAACAGAGAGAGAAGAAGAAGGAUCAGGGCGAUGGCGACGGUCGAAAGCCCGAAGGCGACGGAGAUGCUGAGAUGAACGACGCUGAUGCGAAGAAGAAGGAUGAGGAAGACGACCUUAUUGACGAGGAGAUUCUCUCCUCCAGCACAGCGGAUAUCGUCAAGAGGCGGCGAAUGCUGGAAAACGAACUGCGUAUAAUGAAAAGCGAAUACCAGCGUUUGACACACGAACAGAACACGAUGAGGGAGAAGGUCAAGGACAACCAAGAGAAGAUCGAGAACAACCGGCAACUACCCUAUCUUGUUGGAAACGUCGUUGAGCUUCUGGAUCUCGAUGUCGAGGCUGAAGCUGCUGAGGAAGGAGCCAAUAUCGAUCUCGAUGCUACCCGAGUCGGGAAAUCCGCUGUCAUCAAGACCUCGACCCGUCAGACUAUCUACCUCCCGUUGAUCGGUCUCGUGGAUCACGAGAAGCUCAAGCCCGGCGACCUCAUUGGUGUCAACAAAGAUUCAUACCUCGUUUUGGAUACGCUGCCGGCCGAGUAUGACAACCGCGUCAAGGCCAUGGAGGUUGAUGAGAAGCCGACGGAGAAGUACACAGACAUUGGUGGCUUGGAUAAGCAGAUCGAGGAAAUCGUCGAGGCGAUUGUCUGGCCAAUGAAGGAAGCUGAUCGAUUCAAGAAGCUUGGUAUCAAGGCGCCGAAGGGUGCUUUGAUGUACGGCCCUCCCGGUACCGGUAAAACCCUCCUCGCCCGUGCCUGUGCUGCAGAGACGAACGCCACAUUCUUGAAGCUUGCCGGUCCUCAACUGGUCCAGAUGUUUAUUGGUGACGGUGCUAAGCUUGUUCGCGACUGCUUUGCCCUCGCAAAGGAGAAGGCUCCCUCGAUCAUCUUCAUUGACGAACUGGAUGCGGUUGGUACCAAGCGCUUCGAUUCUGAGAAGUCUGGUGAUCGUGAAGUGCAACGAACUAUGUUGGAGCUUCUCAACCAGCUUGACGGUUUCGCCUCCGACGAUCGUAUCAAGGUUCUCGCAGCUACAAAUCGCAUUGACGUGUUGGAUCCCGCCCUGCUCCGUUCCGGUCGUUUGGACCGCAAGAUCGAGUUUCCUCUCCCCAAUGAGGAGGCUCGCGCCAACAUUCUACAGAUUCACUCCCGCAAGAUGGCUGUAGAUGACGGCGUCAACUGGGCGGAAUUGGCUCGCAGUACCGACGAGUUCGGAGGUGCGCAGCUGAAGGCUGUCUGUGUGGAGGCUGGUAUGAUCGCUCUUCGUAAGGGCAUGAGUAAGGUGGGACACGAGAACUACGUCGAUGCCAUUUCGGAAGUACAGGCGAAGAAGAAGGACACCAACAUGGGCAUCUAUGUCUAAGAUUACCUUAUUAUUUCGCGUCACGAUGAAUUCCACGAUGUUUCCCUGUCUCUGUAAACUCCGUCGAUUUUCUCGUCAUACGUGAUUGUCCACUAAAAAGCGAUGCGUCUACGCUAAGCAUUACACUGUCUCAAGUAAUAAGAACCGCCACCGCAGAGACUUUGGUUGAUCCUUG